AUGUCUGAUACUAUUACAUCAAAUACAACAGCAUCGACUACAGCAGAGAAGGAGAUAUGCUCCACACCUAAUUGUGGCAAACCAGCCAAUCUGCAUUGUCCAACAUGUGAGAAGCUAAACCUGAAGCCAGUCUCUAAUUUCUGUUCACAAGACUGUUUCAAGUUAUUCUGGCCAAUACAUAAACUGUCUCAUUUAACAAUUGAUGAGGCUAAACAAGUUUCUUCAGCAUUUAAUGGUUUCAAGUUCACUGGCAAGCUGAGACCUUACAAGAUUACACCACGUCGUACUGUACCUGCUGGUAUUCAGCUGCCAGAUUAUGCAAUCGAUUCGGUGCCACACAGCGAGCGAGCAGCAGACAGACGCAAUACACCAAUCCCAAUUCAUAAUAAGGAGGAGAUUGAGAUUAUGCGCGAAUUGGCGAGAAUGUCGAGAGAGGUGCUUGAUCUGGCGGGACAGGUCGCAAAGGUGGGCAUGACAACCGAGGAGUUGGACAUCAUCGUGCACAAUGCUAUUAUUGAGCGUGGAGCAUACCCUUCGCCACUCAACUACUGCGGUUUCCCCAAGUCGUGCUGCACCAGCAUCAACGAGGUCAUCUGUCACGGUAUCCCCGAUCUGCGUCCACUGCAAGACGGUGACAUCGUAAACGUUGACGUCACGCUCUAUUGGAAGGGCUUCCACGUCGACCUCAACGAAACCUUCCUUAUUGGCAACGUUGACGAGGCUGGCCAGAAGUUGGUGCGUGUCGCCUACGAGUGUUUGGAGAAGGCCAUGGCCAUCCUAAAGCCUGGUGUCAUGUACCGCGAGCUUGGUGACGUCAUCCAAAAGCACGCCAACCAAAAUGGACUGUCAGUCGUCAAGAGCUACUGUGGUCAUGGUGUUGGCCGUCUGUUCCACGGCAAUCCAACCAUUCCUCACUAUGGAAAGAACAAGGCAGUUGGUACAAUGAAGUCUGGUCAUAUUAUUACAAUUGAACCAAUGAUCAAUGAGGGAACGUGGAAUGAUGACAUGUGGCCUGAUGAUUGGACUGCUGUCACCAAGGAUGGCAAGCGAUCAGCACAGUUUGAGCACACCAUUCUCAUCACCGACACUGGCUAUGAAGUUCUAACCAAGCGUACAGUUGGAUCUUACAUCGACAGGUUAAAGAAGGAAUAA